AUGGUUCAAUAAUGGCUGGAGCAUCUAAAAAAGAUGUAAAGAUUUGGAAUUUUGAAAACGGAUAUUCAUGAGUAACCUGAAAAGGUCAUAAUUUUGAUGUCACUUGUAUUAUUUUUAGUAAAAAGAUAUAUUGGUUUAUUACUGGAAGUAUAGAUUUUAAAAUUAUUGGAAGGAAAAAGAUGGUUAAUUGAUUCAAUUUAUUGGGAACCAUCAUAACCUUGUGACGCUUAGUCAAUUAUAUAGUGUUUAUUAUUAAAUUAAAGAGAAAAUUUAAUAUUUUCUGGUCAUGGAUCAAUUAAGGUUUGGACUUUAAAUACAAAUAAAAAUUAGUUAAUGUUUCAUUAUUAGCUUAAUAAACAUAGUAAACAUAUUGGUUAAAUGAUUAUAAUCGAAGAUGAAACACAAUUAGUCUCAUUUAGUGAUGAUAAAACAAUUAUAAUUUGGAAAAAGAAGGCAAAUGAAAGAAAAUUUAAGUUUAAGUAAGUUUUAGAAAAUUUGAAAAAUGAUAAUGGAUUUAGAGUUUUUUUUCUUAAUAAAGAUACAGUUGCUUGA